AUGGAUGUCGGCAACAUGAUCUUAGGUUGGCCUUUAUUGCUUGAUUUGGACGUUACAAUAUUCGGCCACUCGAAUAUUUGUACGUUCAUGUUUGUGGGCAAGAAAAUUAGAUUGAACCCCCUACCACCUAAGAAUAUCCCGGAAAAGGAGGUCACCAAAAAGGGUGAUCCAGAUAUUUUGAGGAAGUAUAUGCCCAAGGCUCUUCAUAUUAUUAAUGCGAAAGAGUUUGAGAAAGAGAAUAGAGUGGAUUCAGAGGUGUAUGCCCUCAUGGCUAGAGAUAUUAUGCCCCAGAUUAGUGUAGAGUUGUCCAACGAGGUGAUUUCGACGAUGGAUGAGUUUAAAGAUGUUUUUUUUUAUGAUCUCUCGGAUGAGCUUCCAUCUAUGAGAGACAUCCAGAAUGUCAUUGAUCUUGUCCCUAAGUCAACUCUCCCAAACCUUUCUCAUUACAGAAUGAACCCGACAAAGCACGCGGAACUCAAGGAGCAAGUUGAUGAGCUUCUGUGA